ACUCAUCCUGUUGGAAUCGUCUAGCAAUUUGUGUGUUCUCAACUCCCACUCCUCCUCCGCUCUCUCCGCCGUCUGCAAUGGUGGAAAUUGACGAGCUCGCGUUCCCAGAGGACGAAGAAAGAAGCAGAGUGUUUACGCAGCUAAAAGCAUACUGCUUUGAGCUUCUGGAGCUUCUCCAAAACCCUAAGAAGCACUCCUCUGCUCUCUCUUCUCUGCUCCAUUUCCUUCGCCAGUCUACGCCUCAUGCUCUCCAGCCCUUCUUCGACUACACGUUGUUUCCGCUGCUGCUUCUAUUGGAUGCAGCUGUUGACUGUAGAACCUCAAAGAAGCUUGGUUCUGAAGAAAAACUUGCGAGUCAUAAUGUCCCAAAAAUGCCCCAAAAAGUGAGUGAUAGUGUGGCUGAAGGUGUGCUUCAGUGCCUGGAAGAACUGCUCAAGAAGUGUCUUUUAGGAUCUGUAGAUCAGUUGGUUGUAGUAUUGAAAAAGUUGACUUAUGGGGCUUUGCUUUCUCCAUCUGACGCGUCAGAAGAGUUUCGUGAAGGAAUUAUUAAGUGUUUCAGGGAAUUGCUACUGAAUUUACUUCCAUGCUCUGAUGAGUCUUGUGCAUGUAAACGAAUCUUUGGUGUGCCUAUGCUUUUAGAAAACAGAGACUUGAAAGCUCCACUCAGUAGAACAUCAAAGUAUGAUUCAGAACCAGAUGAAUGUUUGCUUGCAUUUCUACAGUCACAAACUGCUUCUGCAGCUGUUGGACACUGGCUAUCACUUCUUCUCAAAGCUGCAGAUAAUGAGGCUGCACGAGGACAUCUAGGUAGUGCAAAGCUUCGGAUUGAAGCCUUUAUGACCCUACGUGUGCUUGUUGCUAAGGUUGGUACUGCUGAUGCGUUAGCCUUCUUUUUACCCGGUGUUGUUAGUCAAUUUGCCAAAGUUUUGCAUGCCUCAAAAACAAUGACCAGUGGGGCUGCUGGAAGUGGGGAUGCAAUUGAUCAGGCAAUUAGAGCUUUGGCUGAGUAUCUGAUGAUAGUUCUGCGGGAUGAUGCUAACUUAACUACACUUGAUAUGUCUAUAACUGUUAGUUCUGACUUAACUUUAAAAAAGAAUGAAUCUACACAAUCGUUCUUGGAUGAGCUUCGUAAGUUGCCUGUUAAGGCGCAUGGUCAAAGUAAAAUGAUAUUGGAAGAUUCGAGUAGCAAAGUGAUUACAACUACUUCCAACUCUGAGAAGAAAACUGAUUCUGGCAAAGGAGAUGGAUCUUUGCACGUGGAUCGUACAAGUGAUUGGAUUGAGAAAACUUCAAUGCAUGUGGAUAAACUCUUAGGUGCAACUUUUCGACAUGUACAUUUGCAUUCAUCCGGCAAAAAAGUGAGACAAGGUCUCCUGGCUUCCAUACGAGGACUGUUGUCAAAGUGCAUUUACACGCUGAGGCAGAGUAGACAAAUGCUUCUGGAGUGCUUGUGUGCUUUGGUUGUUGAUGACUCUGUAGAGGUAUCUGCAGGUGCACAAGAAUUCCUUGAAAAUUUAUUCUCAUCGAUUGAAGAUAAUCAGUUGGAACAUGAUGUUGCUCAGAUGUUUAGCAGGCUCAUUGAUAAUCUUCCAAAAGUUGUCCUUGGGAGUGAGGAAUCACUUGCAGUCUCACAAGCUCAGCAGCUACUUGUAAUAAUGUACUAUUCUGGUCCUCAGUUUGUAGUUGAUCACAUCCUUCAGUCUCCGGUAACAGCUACUCGUUUCCUGGACCAUUUUUCUGUUUGUAUGAGUCAGAACUCGGUGUUUGCUGGUUCUCUUGAUAAGCUUCUUACCACUAGGCCAUCCUCAGUUGGAUAUCUUGACUCUGUUUCUGAGUUGAAUGCUGGAGCCAGUAUUACGAGCGAGUGCCUAACAAUAGUGGCUGCUGCUCCCCGAAAUUCAAAGAUUGCAGGCAUCCAGGAGAAAGAUAUACCAUACACAUCAGAUAAUGUUCAGAAAAAUUAUGAGAAUUAUAAGCUUCCGUGCAUGCCUCCUUGGUUUGUAUACAUUGGCAGUCAGAAACUAUACCAAGCUCUUUCAGGAAUUCUUAGACUUGUAGGUUUAUCCUUGAUGACAGAUAAAAAACAUGGGCAGCAUUUGUCACACAUCACUGACAUACCAGUGGGUUACUUGCGUAAAUUAGUUUCUGAGGUUCGUAUGAAGGAUUAUAAUAAAGUGAGUUGGCACUCAUGGUAUAAUAGAACUGGUUCGGGACAGUUACUGCGCCAGGCGAGCACUGCAGUGUGUAUUCUUAAUGAGAUGAUAUUCGGUAUGUCAGAUCAAGCGACAGAUAUUUUCGCAAGGAUGUUUCAAAAAGCGAGAAAAAGAAGGAAAGAGGUUCAGGACUCUGAUGCAGGAUUUGCUGAUGAUCAACCUUUCAAAGUUGAAUCUUCCAUGCUUUGUGAAUCUAGUUGGAAUGUUUUAAAGGAUGAGGAAUUAAGGAGUCACUUGAUUGAUUGUGUUGGUAGAAUUUUACUGGAGUAUUUAUCUCAUGAAGUAUGGGAUCUUCCAACAGAACAUAAAUCUUCAUCCAUGCAUCCUGACUAUGAAGCUGAAGAUGUUAAUCUAAACUUCUUUCAGGACACGGCUAUGCUACACCAGGUUAUCAUUGAAGGAAUAGGCAUAAUCAGUAUCUGCCUUGGAGGAGAUUUUUCUUCUAGUGGAUUUCUUCAUCAAUCUCUUUAUAUGUUGCUUGAAAAUCUCACUUCUUCAAACUAUCGUGUUAGAAGUGCUUCUGAUGCUGUAUUACAUAUCCUGGCUGCUGUAUCUGGCUUUCCAACAGUUGGGCACCUAGUACUAGCGAAUGCAGACUAUGUGAUUGAUUCUAUAUGUCGUCAAUUACGCCAUUUGGAGAUUAACCCUCAUGUGCCAAAUGUGCUCGCUGCCAUGCUUUCCUAUAUAGGAGUCGCGUAUAAAAUAUUGCCUCUAUUUGAGGAGCCGAUGCGUUCUGUUUCUUUGGAGCUCGAGAUUCUUGGCAGGCAUCAGCACCCUGAAUUGACAAUUUCCUUUUUAAAGGCUGUAGCAGAAAUUUCCAAGGCGUCAAAGCGUGAGGCUUGUUCAUUACCAACCCAGGCAGAGUCUUAUUUGUUGGAUGUCAAGGCUAGAAUAUCUGAUAUCGAAAAGAAAGACGACGACGACAUUAUUAUGUCCCAAGUGGAAUCAGAGCAAUGGGAUAGCAUUAUGUUUAAGCUGAAUGAUUCAAAGAGAUAUAGGCGCACAGUUGGAGCUAUUGCCGGUUCAUGUAUUAUGGCUGCAACCCCUCUACUUGCUUCAGCAAGGCAAGAAGCCUGUCUGGUGGCCUUGGAUAUAAUUGAGGAUGGGGUUACAUCAUUGGCAAAAGUAGAAGAGGCUUAUCACCAUGAGAAAGCUACUAAGGAAGCAAUUGAAGAAGCGAUUCAGUCAUAUUCGUUAUAUCAUCUCCAAGAUGCCUUGGAUGCUGCCGAUGAAGGGGCUGAUGAGAACCGGUUGCUUCCAGCAGUGAAUAAAAUCUGGCCUUUUCUGGUUGUUUGCAUUCAAAAUAAGAACCAACUGGCUGUUAGAAGAUGUUUAUCUGUGGUGAGCAAUGUAGUGCAAAUUUGUGGAGGAGAUUUCUUUUCAAGACGCUUCCAAACUGAUGGCUUGCACUUCUGGAAACUUCUAUCGACCUCCCCAUUCCAUAGGAAGCCCAACAUGAAAGAAGAAAGAACCCCUCUGCUACUUCCUUACAGAAGCACUUCCAGUUCUUCAGAGGAGUCCCUGGCAGAAACUUCUAAUCUGAAAGUACAGGUUGCAGUUCUCAACAUGGUUGCUGAAUUGUCCCGAAACGAAAGGAGUGCUUCAGCAUUGGAAGUUGUCCUCAAGAAGGUCAGCGGUCUUGUGGUAGGGAUAGCUUGUAGUGGCGUGGUUGGUCUUCGUGAUGCAUCCAUAAAUGCCCUUCAAGGCCUUGCAUCCGUCGACGCUGAUCUCAUUUGGCUUCUUCUAGCUGACGUUUACUACUCUAUGAAGAAAAAGGAUAUGCCUUCACCCCCCACGUCCGAUAUACCGGUAAUCUCCCAAAUUCUGCCCCCACCCUCGUCUGCAAAAGAGUAUCUUUACGUGCAGUAUGGAGGGCAGAGUUACGGUUUCGAUAUUGACUUCGGUUCUGUGGAAAUAGUUUUCAAGAAACUGCACUCUCUGGUUUUUAUUAACCAAAUGUACAGUUAGGAAAAUUCACGUUAUCAUAGUUCAUGUACAAAUUAACAUUCGCAGGUUACUGGUUUUUAUUUA